UCUGGGUGAGAUUUAUAUUUAGUCAGCCGUAAAUAUUUGCUUUGGUUUGGUGUCGCAGUUCGCAAUAAUUUAGCGCUUUUCAUAUCAUGGCAUGUCCUUCGGGGGGUAAAGACCCCCCUGAUAGAAACGAUCGUAUCGUAGUUAAUAAUCCGAUAGUGUUCGCAAAUGAUUUUGAUUCCUUUCAAGCUCAACUAAACUUGUCCCAAGCUUCUACCUCCUCUAGCAGUGGUUAUUCAUCAGCCUUGACGCUUUCGCCUUUAGCUAAGAAAACAGCACAUGCUAUUGCUCAGCAUCAAUACUUCUUAGUACCCACUAAGGAGGAAAUAGAUUUAUUGGAGACAGAGUUACAAAAGCUUAAAUCUGUCUUCGUGGAAGAUCAGGAUGCCCUAAACGAAAUUGCAAGAAUUUCAGUCAACAUAAGGAGAACACUUAACCGAAAGUAUAAAUAUGAACUUACAGACCAGGGACCAUUUCUUAUCAUAAUGGAGGGAAUAACUUCUCAAGUUGGAAACAUUCACCCGAUGAAUAUUGGAAAAAUUUUGCACAGAGCUGGAAUACAAGGUAUAACGAAAAUCAAUAGAAAAGGGGCUAAUAAAAUUGGAAUUGAAUUCAGAACAUCAGAGUAUGCUAAUCAGUUUUUGUCAAAUGAAAGUUUCAGUUCUGCUAGAGGCUACAAUAGGUACAUUCCACAACGUCUUGUCACUUGUAGAGGACUAAUCAAGGAUGUAGGGGACCAAAUUACGGAAGAGGAUUUUUACUCAGAAGCGGUAGCUUAUACAGGAGAAGGAUCCCGGGCCAGGUCGAUUAAGAUAUUAAAUGUAAAAGGAGUCUUAAGAAGGAAGAAAAUACUUGCUAUUUCUGGUGAAACAGUAAUGAAAACCAUCCCCACAAACGAUUAUAUUGUAACAUUUGAAGGCAAAUCAUUACCCCAAACUAUUUGGACAUGUCAAAAAUAAUUGUAGAGGCAAGCCUCGUUGCGGUUUUUGUACAGAAGAUCAUCUUAUGUUUGUUUGUGAAAAAAGAGAGCAAGCAAUGAAAAAAAUGAAAUGCCCUGCAGAUCAUCUUAACAAUCUGACUAAAACGUGUAAAAUUCCAAAUUGUGAAGUAAAUCCAAAACCAAGCUGCGUAAAUUGCAAGGGACACCACACUGCUACUGACUGGGGAUGUCCCGAAUACAAACGGCAAAAACAAAUUAACGAAACCAUGAGCUUCUACAACCUUUCUUUUUAUGAAGCAGCUAAACUGCAUCCACGGCUAACUAAUGCAAACCAAG